AUGACGGCCCAGACGAACGGCGCGCAGGUGAACGGCGCAAAGCCAAAGACCGGCAUCAAGGUCAUCAUUGUAGGCGCAGGCUUCGGCGGCCUCACAGCAGCCAUAGAAUGCAUCAAGCAAGGCCACACCCCCGUAAUCUACGAAGCCUUCCCGGAGCUCAAAAUCCUCGGCGACAUCAUCUCCUUCGGCCCCAACGCCGGUCGCAUCUUCUACCGGUGGGCCAACGGCGCGGUGUCCGCCAAGAUGCGCAGCAUCUCCAUCGACCUGACUGAGUACGGCUUCAACAUCCACAAGUGGGACACGGGCGAAAUCGUCAUCAACCAGAAAUCGCCGAUCAAGGACGAAACGGCGCCCGUGUUCAACGGCCAUCGCGGCGAGCUGCACGAGAUUGUGUUUAACUACGCAAAGGAGUGCGGCGUGGAGAUUAAUCUGGGGCAUCACGUGGAGAAUUACUGGGAGACGGAGGAUGCGGCGGGCAUUGUGCUUGAGGAUGGGACGAAGGUUGAGGGCGAUUUGGUGGUCGGGAGUGAUGGUGUGAGGAGUAAGGCGAGGACGCUGGUCCUGGGGUAUGAGGAUAAGCCGAAGUCUUCGGGAUAUGCGGUGUGGAGAGCGUGGUUUAGCAACAAGGAUAUGAUUGCGGACCCGGAGACGAAGCACUUCUGCGAAAACGGCGAUACGUUCAAUGGCUGGAUAGGCCCAGACGUCCACUUCCUCUUCAGCACCAUCAAAAACGGCAGCGACUGCUGCUGGGUCCUCACCCACCGCGACGAAGCCGACAUCGCCGAAUCCUGGUCCUUCCCCGGCUACAUCAAAGACGUGAAGAAAGUCCUCGAGGGCUGGGACCCCAUGUGCACGAAAAUCAUCUCCAAGACGCCCGAGCAGCACCUCGUCGACUGGAAGCUCGUCUACCGGGACCCCCUGCCCACCUGGGUAUCCGGCUACGGCUCCGCGCCGGGCCACGGCCGCAUCUGCCUGCUUGGCGACUCCGCACACCCCUUCCUCCCGACCAGCGCACAGGGCGCGACGCAGGCGCUGGAAGACGGCGUCACGCUCGCGGUGGUGCUGCGCAAAGCGGGCAAGCAGAACAUCAAGGGCGCGCUGCGCGCGUAUCAGGACAUCCGGUACGAGCGCGUGAAGAAGGUGCAGAAGACGGGGGAGACGACGCGCGACAUGUGGCACAAGACGGACUGGGCGGAGGUCAAGCGGAACCCGGAGAUUAUCCAGUUUCCACGCGAGGAUUGGAUUUUCGAGUUCGAUGCUGAGAUGUUUACAGAGGAGAAUGGGGAUGUGGCUAUUGCUAAGGCUACGGAGGAGCCAACGGUGGGGGCUUGA